AUGUGGACCCUGGCUGCCUCCAGUGUCGACCGAUAUAUCCUCAUCUGUCACUCGGGAAGAUACAGGGAUAUAAUCUCCAAAUCAAGAGUAAAGGCACUUCUUGUCUUGAUUUGGAUGGUUGCCAUGGUAGCGGCAGUCCCACCUCUCCUCGGCUGGUCCAGGUUUGGGUACUCAGACUCGAGCUUCAACUGUGGUAUCGUGCCGGAUGCAGAUUGGACGCCUCACAAAUGUACUACGCUGGCUUCAAAUAGUACCAUUAUAAUGCAGAAUCACAUAGCCUCAAAAGAGCUGUCCAAUGGAGUUUCUAACAAUAGCAAAGAGAAACCAUCAAUGCAGCUGGUAGGAAGGAGAGCCAGCGCCAUGAUAGCAACCCCAAACCGCAAGUCCCAGAAACGGAUGUGGAUGAUGCUACGUGUGACUAUCUCAAUCUUCCUUAUAGUCACAGCUUCCGUAGUCUCUGUAAUGCCUAUCCUCAUCAUAGGUAUCCUGGGCUGGAGCGGGGUGAGCUUAUCUAUAAGCGACAGGAUGCAUCAAGUAGUGCAUUGGAUAUUUGUGGGCAAUUCAGCUAUCAAUCCUAUCGUCUUCGGGCUUAUGAACCCUCUUAUAAGGUCGAGUAUUUAUAACAUCUUGAAGAAUGCAACUCCGCGGGAUUUAGAAAGAGUUAGCUAG